CUAACAAACCCAAUGUCUGGGCGCUCUUGUCGAGUAUCUCAGACUAUGUCAUGUUAUUUGAAGAUGAUUUAGUGGAACCAGUUGGAUGAUUGUAUGGACUGUAGGCUACAAUGCUGUUUUCUCAACGAAAAAAAAUGAAAGUGACGCUGCUGCAUCUCUUCGUAUUCUGCUCAGCCCAGCAUUCAGCCCAACCUGAGACUCGGCAGGUGAAUGGCCUCGUGGGAACGGUUUUCUAUUUUCCAGAAAGGGUGUUGAACUCUGGCAGUUUACUUUAUGGACACCUUGGCAAUAUUGCACAGGUGUACCCUGGUAAACAAAGUAAUACCAACCUUGAGGAGAGAUUUAAAAACCGCCUUCACUGGAACAAUGUUACUGGAUUCUUCACUUUGUCAGACCUACAAAUAGAUGAUUCUGGGGUUUAUACUAUGGAGAAUACAGAUAAACGGAAGACGACACAUAUAUUUCAGCUGACUGUGCACUAUGUUCUGUCCAAACCUCAGGUGACGGUCCAUAAUAACAUCUUCUGUAGUGUUGUGUGUUCUGUGGAGAACGGGAGAGAUGUGACCCUGUCCUGGUACAAAGGAGGGGAGAUACUCAACCAGACCAGCAGCCCUGACCACAACAUCACCCUCUCUCUACCCCUCAAGGUGGAUGAACAGAACAGAGACUCUUACAGAUGUGAGGCUGCCAACCCAGUCAGCAAGGAGACAGCUGUUGUUCCACAUUCCUGUAUAGAGAGUGAUCCCUCUAAGGUGACAGAUGGUGAUGAGAGGACUCGAGAUUGUCUUAUUAUUGCUGUAAUCUUUGUUCUGGUUGCCUCAGGACUUGUUGGACUUGCAAUAUAUCUGAAGAAGAGGAGAAACGGACACUCACAUGCAGAUUCACCUGAAAGAGAGCAAGAUGACGUUCAGUAUGCAGAGAUAACUCACAUUAUACCAGCAGAAAACCAGGAGGAGCAAACAGGUAUACAAGGACUGGAGUCACUUAGAGACAACCCUAACGUGACAGUUUAUGAUACACUCCAGUUACAUCACAUGGCUGCCAGCGAGGAUGUUAACACUGCAUGAAGUUACUGAGAGGGUGACAUGAUAAUUCACAUCCCAGAGAAGGCGUUACAUCCUAAAGAGGACGUUAAAAGACAAAAUUAUAGUCAAUAUUCAUUUUAGAAAACUUCAUGGAGACACAGUUGUUCCUGGAGACAAUUCCCAUUUAACCAAUGCGCUGUUGUCAUUUCAGUCAUUUCAGAUUUUCUUUGUUGGUCAUUCUCACUGUCUUUUGUUGAAUUGAGCCUUGAUGAGAUUAAAUUCAAUAGCUAUGCCUAGGGUUAUUAGUAGGGUGAUCCCUCUUUUCAAGUGCCCACUCUUUUAAUACAUUUCACUAGUGUGUUUUCUAUGCUUUGCUGGUCAGAAGCUUCUUUUCAGUUCUGUCUGUUCUGUUGUUUAAAUGUGGGUGCCUCCCCUGUAUCGUUUUAUAGCUGGUCAUUGUUUAGCUUGCCAGUGGAUAGCAGCUUGUGUACAUAAAAAGCAGAUGUUUGGUGAGAUAAAGCCACCUACUCCUCAGCAUAAUGGGUAUUAGACUACGUUGGAAACCACCAUAUAGAUUCUGUUGAAACACUUCUGAGUGGUAGAUCUUGAUUUGCCUUUUGACUCAGAAAGUGUUCUUGGUUGACAUUUUACUCUCACAAAAUGCAAUCGUGAUUAAGUGUUGUUCAGAUCUUGCUUUGACAACAACUGUGUUCACACAGUUUGAAUGUACCAGAGUCACAGUUUAGUUUAUUAUGAUGGACCACUUAUUGCUUGUCCUUAUCUACACAGUAUUUAGCUCAAAGGGUUAAACAUUAAUCAGCAAUAAGGUUCCAACCGGAGAAUUUCAUUGUCUGAAGAAAAGCAUAGGAACGCAAGAACACUCUCUCGUGACAGAGCGUAGGCUUUCUGCCAGACCACCCACUCAAAGAGCUAUUAUGAGCCCCACCUUUAUAAUAGAAUCAUACAACCAGAAUCUAAAGACGGUGACAUCUUGUGGAAGCCCUAGGAAGUGCAUUCUCAUCCAUAUCUAAGGUGGACAUCCAAUGGCACUGUUUUCUAAAUUGAGUUCUCACUUCCUGUUUGGAUUUCGUCUCAGGUUUUUGUCUGCCAUAUGGGUUCUGUUAUACUCACAGACAUAAUUCAAACAGUUUUAGAAACUUCAGAGUGUUUUCUAUCCACCAGUAAUAAUAAUAUGCAUAUAUUCCCAAUUUGGAAAGAGUAGGAGGCCGUUUACUCUGGCCAUGCCUUACAUCCAAAAGUGAAAAUGCUGCCCCUAGCCUCAACAGGAUCUUAAGAAUACAAUCACUAGAGAUCCUGGUUGGAGUCCAGGCUCUGUCACAGCCGGCCGUGAACAGGAGACCCAUGGUGCACAAUUGGCCCAGUGUUGUCCGGGUUAGGGGAGGGUUUGGCCGCCAGGGAUGUUCUUGACCCAUUGCGCUCCAGCGACUCCUGUGGAGGGGCGGGCGCAAUGUACGCUGACACGGUCGCCAGACGUACAGUGUUUCCUCUUACACAUUGGUGCGGCUGGCUUCCGGGUUAAGCGGGCAUUGUGUCAAGAAGCAAUGUGACUUGGCUGGGUUGUGUUUCGGAGGACACACGUCCCUUGACAUUACAUUACAUUUAAGUCAUUUAGCAGACGCUCUUAUCCAGAGCGACUUACAAAUUGGUGCAUACACCUUAUGACAUCCAGUGGAACAGCCACUUACAAUAGUGCAUCUAAAUCUUUUUAGGGGGGGGUGAGAAGGAUUACUUACCCUAUCCUAGGUAUUCCUUGAAGAGAUGGGGUUUCAGGUGUCUCCGGAAGGUGGUGAUUGACUCCGCUGUCCUGGCGUCGUGAGGGAGUUUGUUCCACCAUUGGGGGGCCAGAGCAGCGAACAGUUUUGACUGGGCUGAGCGGGAACUGUACUUGACCUUUGUCUCUCCCAAGUCCGUACGGGAGUUGCAGUGAUGGGACAAAACUGUAACUAACAAUUGGAUACCGCAAAAAUAGGGGGUACAUUUUCUUUACAAAUAAAAUAGAAUACAAUCACUGACUCCUGCACACUCCUGCAGACAUUCCUUCUAUUGGAGCAUUUGGUGCUCCACCUACAUUAGCCCACAUACUGUAUAUAACUGUGAAAAAAUGUCAAAUCUACUGAUACCAUCGUGAGUUUUUGCACUGGAGGUCAUUUCAUUUUUAGACAUUUCUAUUUCAGAGUAGUUAUUGAGACUGAAUAUUAAGAUAAUAUUAUUUACAUUUCACUAUUCUAAAAUACGCUUAUGACUUAUUCAAACUGAUAAAGAUUUGUUUACUGAGCUUCUUUUUUUUUAGCUUCAAUAUAUUACGUCAGACUUACCUAUACAUUCCAUUUAAAAGUAUACAAUCUUUGAUAUUUCCUGACGUUAUAUAGUCGUCAAUCCCCCAUACAUGCUUGAAAAAUAUACUUACCUCAUCACAACCCACGAUAUGAUGUAAGUUUACUCCAUUGUUUAUAUUUGUGUCGUCAUUUGAAUUUUUGUAAACAAAGAUUGUACUGCUACAACAUACCUGUGGAAAAAAAUGUCAGUCCUUGCAACCACAGCUACGUUCAAGAGUUUGAGAUUGGGAACGACUGUGGUUUUAAUGUUUGACCUAGAUAGUUUGUGUGUAUGUAUUGAUAUGUAGGUGCAGUGUGCCUUUUUUAUUGAUGUAGUUCUGUCCUUAAGCUGUUCUUGUCUAUUAAUAUUCUGUACUAUGUCAUAUUUUGUGUGGACCCUAGGAAGAGAAGCUGCUGCUUUUGAAACAGCUAAUUGGGAUCCUAAUAAAAAUACCAAAUACCAAAUGUAGCCUACUUCUAGGGUCUAGGGGAGACCACUGCAAUUGUUUGGUGGUUUUCAAGUGUGUUUCUGUAUUUAUUGAGUUUAAGUGUAUUUGGGAUGUUUUGUCCUAUUACUUUUAAUGCCAGGCAGCUGUACAUUUAAUUUGACAGUUAUGACUAAUCCUAUUACAUUUCAAGCAUUGCUAUCAAGGAAACAAUGUUUUUUUCUUUUAAUGUAUUUUCCUCAUCUGGUGGUUGAAUGUUUUUAUCAUUCAGCAUACUGUACUUUACAUACUAUGUUAUUUUGUUCUCUGAGCCAGUGUACUGUAUAUUGUAAGUGUAACUUAAAUAAUGUGUCAGCAAAAUCUUCUCAAACCUUUCUAUGCUUUUACAUGUGGACUGUGCUCAUGCAUUAUUGUGCCAAAUUAUAUUUUCAAUAAAAAAAAUGUCUUGUAAAUUAUGA